GCCAGCGCGGGGGCCCGGCCCGCCUUCCUUCUCGCCGCCCGCCGCGUCCCCGGGCGGGCGCGGGCCGCGAUGGCAGCGGCUGAGCGGGGCUGAGCUCGUAGCCUCCCGCAGUCCCCGGACCCCGGAGCCCCAGCCAUGGCGAAGCAGUACGAUGUGCUGUUCCGGCUGCUGCUGAUCGGGGACUCCGUUGGCAAGACCUGCCUGCUGUGCCGCUUCACCGACAACGAGUUCCACUCCUCGCACAUCUCCACCAUCGGUGUUGACUUUAAGAUGAAGACCAUAGAGGUAGAUGGCAUCAAAGUGCGGAUACAGAUUUGGGAUACUGCGGGGCAGGAGAGAUAUCAGACCAUCACAAAGCAGUACUAUCGACGGGCCCAGGGAAUAUUUUUAGUCUACGACAUUAGCAGUGAGCGCUCUUACCAGCACAUCAUGAAGUGGGUCAGUGAUGUGGAUGAGUAUGCACCAGAAGGUGUCCAGAAGAUCCUUAUAGGGAAUAAGGCUGAUGAAGAGCAGAAACGGCAGGUGGGAAGAGAGCAAGGACAGCAGCUGGCUAAGGAGUAUGGCAUGGACUUCUAUGAAACAAGUGCCUGCACCAACCUCAACAUUAAAGAGUCUUUCACACGUCUGACAGAGCUGGUGCUACAGGCCCAUAGGAAGGAGCUGGAUGGUCUCCGGACACAUGCCAGCAAUGAGUUGGCAUUGGCAGAGCUGGAGGAGGAGGAGGGCAAACCCGAGGGUCCAGCAAACUCUUCGAAAACCUGCUGGUGCUGAGGGUACUGUGUGGGGCACCCCCCACUAACCCCUUUCCCUCAGGAGGCCUGGGGCAGCAGGGGAGCCUGGGUUCUGCCCACUGCUGUCCUCUCAUUUGGUGACCCUGUUAAAUCAGUAGCUGCUACUCUCCCUGCCUGGCCCUGAGAGGAAGCUCUGCUGUGGUCUCUGUCCCCAGCCUCUGAACCCUGGAGAGGUUUCCUUCAGCCUGUUUCCCUAGCACAGGCCUGCUGUGACCCCACAAUGUGCUGCAAGUGCACCAUCUCACCACCCUAAGCUCCUUGGACAGUGGCUGAGGCUGGAGUGAGGGCCACUUAAAGCUCCUUCUCUCUCAGUGCAUUUUGUCUCCUCUCUGCUUUCUCUCU